GAUGGCUGAUGUCGCUUGGAAGUAAUGUUCCCCUCUGCAACAUGAAGCCGUGAGUGUGGAAGAAAGCGAGGGAGGCACCAUCGGGCUUUUAUUUUUAUUUUCUUUUAGUUACUUUUCUUUUAUUUCGUCAAACAUCCAUCUCAUUCCGCGUCGUGUCCGCCCCGGACUUGUCUUCGGGAGUUGACGCGUCAAAUCACGCCGGGGACCCUGCCAGCAGCUAACGGCUAGCCACACCGUUAGCAAAUAUCAGUACAGUUCGUCAGUCAGCCAGGCAGGCACACAGCUUGUUAGUUUGUUUUUAAUCCAUACUCUGACACCGGCGAGCCACCAAGCUUCGCUACACAUGUGCUGAAAUUUAGCCUGAGGUAGUGCAGAAUAAAUGUCCAAAUACUGAAUCUGUAACGAUUUUACAAGCUACUCGGUUUAACAUCAUGUCCGCGAACUGGCCAUCCAGCCUGUUGGUUGCUAACUAAUGCGCAGUAUUGACUCUGUUUCAUGUGCACAAACCAGCAGGAUCAUUAUAUUAUAGUCAUUUCUCAAUAACAUCCACGAGCCAGCUGCAUUUCUGUUACUUGCUGCCAACUACAUUUUGGAAGCUGGGUAUGUUAAAGCCAAAUUAUGGGAGUAGUAAAUAUGUUGAACUUUUUCUGGUUGUAGGUAGCUGCACUGGCCUUGCUGGCAUCUCACCAAAAAUCCACAGGGAUGGACACUAAACUGAGCAAUCGCAACCAAAACUGAAAAAUUGGCAUUUCGAUAUUUAGGUAAUUAAGUAGCUUUGACUGACAGGGUCGUGCAGCAGUGCAUAGUGACUCAUUUCACCAGUCUGGGUGUCGGAUAAGUUGUUUUGCAGGGUUAACGAAACUACAGUUAGUCACUACAUCGGAGACCAGUUAGCUUGCCUGAAGUGCACAGCUAGCUACAGUCUCGCCCCACAUCACAUUACAAACACGGCGUACAGAACGUAUUCAGAGCCCGCUCCCGGCCAGACACACAGGCUCAACAACACCGUCAUGGGAGUGCAGGGUUUUCAAGAGUAUUUAGAGAAGCGGUGUCCCGGGGCCGCAGUCCCGGUGGACCUCCUGAAGCUUGCCCGUACCGCGGCCCGCCAGCCCCCUCACCACCAUCAUCCACACCACCACCCACAUCACCCCGGGCCCAUGCCUCCCCCGCCCCCGCCUGCCAGGAUCCUAAUCGACGCUGACUCCGGCCUACAGCGCCUCUACGGCGGUUAUCAGACGGACUGGGUGUGCGGGGGCGAGUGGAACGCCAUGCUGGGCUACCUUGCUGCCCUGUCACAGGCCUGCCUGUACCAGGGUGGCCUGGAGCUGGUCGUGGUUUUCAACGGCACAUUGGGGAAGGAGCGCUGGCCCGAGUGGGCGCGGCGAGCUCAGGGCCAGCGACAGACGGCGCAGCUGAUAGUCAACCACGUCGGCAGCAAGGCCACCCCGCCUCCCCGGGCAUGGUUCCUGCCCCCGGCUUGCCUCAGCCACUGUGUCCGCCUCGCCAUGUUCCGCUUCCGAGUGCGGGUUGUACAGACUUUGGAGGACCACCACCAGGAAGUGCUGUCUCUCUACAGGGACUAUGGAUUUGCUGGUCUGAUUGCUCAGGAUUCUGAGUUUGCCCUCUGCAACGUACCCGCCUAUUUCUCAUCGCACGCACUCAAACUGAGCUGGAACGGCAAGAACCUGACCACACACCAGUAUCUGCUGUCUGAGGCUGCCAGGCAGCUCGGGCUUAAGACACAGCACCUGCCCUGCUUUGCUGCUCUGCUGGGAAAUCAUAUUCUGCCUGAUGAGGACCUGGCUGCCUUCCACUGGAGUCUGCUGGGACCAGAACACCCACUAGCUUCUCUCAAGGUGCGAGCUCAUCAGUUGGUGCUGCCGCCCUGUGAGGUGGUGAUUAAGGCCGUCUCAGAGUACGUCUCCUCCAUCAAAGACCUGGGAAACCUCGACGCCAUCGCCAGAGAUGUCUUCAAACAGUCACAGUCUCGUAUGGAGGACAAGGUGGAGCGAUUCAAGAAAGCUGUGGAGUAUUUCUCAGCUGCCUCCAAACCACGCUCGCCCAACAUGGGGCCCUCCUCUUUCAUCUUACCUGGGUUUGGACCCACUCCAUUUGGGGGACCACCUGGCCACAUGGGACCGAUGCAGCCUGGAAAGAAUCAGUUCCCUCCUCCCCAGGUCCCAGGGUUAAAGCCACCCUAUCAAAAUGCUCCAUACGGACCUGGCUCCACCCCUCUGUUCCAGAACCCACCGCCACCGUCCCAAGACUGCAACGAUUCACUGACGGGCAAGAUGGGCUUCACUGACUGGUCAGCUCCAUAUGAUUCCACUCAGGGGGGAAAUCGAUUACCCAAUCAUCACACCGGCAGUCAGUCUGGUCCCUCUCCGUCACCUUCCUCGUCAUCAGAUGGAGACGAACCCAAUGACAGCAAUGCAAACCAUUUGACGGACAAGUCCUCUCGGUGGGAGGAUCCUGCUGGAAGGGGGGGCUCGGCCUCUGGAGACGGUUCCCAAGGCAACGGGAGUGGGUCAAACAUUCCGUCACUGCUGUCUAUGGCGACGCGGAGUCACAUGGACAUAACCACACCCCCUCUGCCUCAGGUCAGUGCUGAGGUUCUUCGUGUAGCCGAACACAGACACAGAAGAGGACUAAUGUACCCCCAGAUUUACCACAUAUUGACCAAGGGAGAGAUGAAGAUGCCAGUGUGUAUAGAGGAUGAGUGUAACUCUGAGCUUCCUCCUGCCUCUCUGCUGUUCCGUGCUGCCAGACAGUAUGCCUACGGCGUCCUCUUCAGUCUGGCUGAGACACACCGCCGCCUGGAGAGGCUUGCCCUCCGAAAGAGGGCUCCCCUGGAAGUUCCUCCAGUGAUUGUCAAAGAGUGGAGCAGCGGUAAGGCCAAGUCAGCCCUUACUCCAGAGCUGGUUCCAGCCUUGUGUUUCCGGGAGUGGACCUGCCCCAACCUGAGGCGGCUGUGGUUGGGUCGUGCCAGCGAGGACCGCUCCAGGAGAACCAGGGCCUUUCUGGCCUGCCUUCGCUCUGACUGCCCAGCCCUCCUCAACCCAGCACAGGUUCCACAGCAUCUGCUGCUCAUGUGUUGCGUGCUCAGGUAUAUGAUGCAGUGGCCUGGAGGAAGGAUCCUCCAGAGACAUGAGCUAGAUGCCUUCCUGGCCCAGGCUGUUUCCAGCCAGCUCUACGAACCCGACCAGCUACAGGAACUCAAGGUGGAGAAGGUGGAUGCCCGUGGUGUGCAGCUGGCUGCUCUCUUUAUGGCCGGCGUUGACACAGCGCUGUUCAUCAAUGAUGUGUGCGGCCAGCCGUUGCCGUGGGAACACUGUUGUCCCUGGGGCUUCUUCGACGGCAAACUGUUCCAGAGCAAACUGGCCCGGGCCGCCCGCGACCGGGCCGCCCUGCUGGACAUGUGUGAGGGGCAGGAGGAGCUGGUGUCUAAGGUCGAGAAGAUGCGUCAGGCGAUCCUCGAGGGCAUCAACCUGUCCCGCCCUCCUCCUCCUCCCCCUCCUCUUCCACCUCCUGCCUUCCUGCCCCCUGCCAUGGUGCCCCCUUUCUACCCCAUGCCUCCUCUCUACCCACCUCGCCCCAUGGGCGGCAUGCCCCCUCAUCAUCACCCACAUCAUCCACAUCACCCCGCCCAGCACAGACCCAGAGCCUUCCCAGGCAUUCAGUCCAUCCCCCCUCAGGGAGGGAAACUGGAGAUAGCUGGCAUGGUGGUUGGCCAGUGGGCUGGGAACAAACCAGUCCGCGGAAGAGGGGGGUUCAACAUGCAGGUGGUGUCAGUGGGAGCAGGGAAAGGGAGGGGUAAAGAGAUUCCAGCAAAAGUAAGGGGAGGGAAAAAGGCAGCUGCCAACAGAACACAGACGUCAUCAUCCCCCCCAGCCAGCAGUCCCCCAAAGCCCUCAGAAGAGGCGGGCUCCACGCCAGAGGUUGCGACUCAGCAGCUGAACGGCAGCUCAGCAACCUCCGCCAUCGGCCAGUCCUUGGAGCUGGCCCCCCUGGCCCAGCCAAUCCCGUGUGCCUUAGCCAGCAGAGACAACCAAUCAGAGGGGGUGGAAGUGGAGGCCCCCUGUUGCCUUGACGACUGCCCGUCAGACGGAGCGCUACAGAAGGAAGAGUGAUGGCAUCCUUCCUGGGAUGCACUGCUCUGAGAGAGUUAUCUGUGUUCGACUGCCUUUCCCUGUUUUUGUAGCCCCGCCUGCUAGCUGUGCACCUUAUCACAUGGAGCAGGAGGUGAAGCGAGGCUCCUCCUCGGCCUCCCCCGCUGCUCCAUGUGAUAGGCUAAAGCAGUUAGCUGUUACUCCCUUUUUAGUUUUCUCAUGUGGUUUUACAUUAUUUUAUGAAGAGAGGUCUUCUCCAUGAGUCUGUAAGCGCCCCACCCCUCAAAAAUCCUAAAUGCCUCCCUCCCGCACUCAGAGUAAAAAUAAGCUUGAAGCCCCACCCCCAUUACAACCCACCAUUUUGAACGAGCCCCCUCGAAGUAUGGGUAUCUGUACAGUUUAAGAUUCUUAUUUUUUUGUUUUUAAUGGUCCCGUUGUUUGAAUCUCUGCACACAGAUGUUAAGCUUGCGGUUACGGUGACAGAUUGGAUGUGGUUUCCGUGGUUACAGCAUCUAGGCCUGGUCGCCAUGGUCGGUAGUUGUGUGUUAAUGUGGUUUGUUGCCAUAGCCAUCUCGUGUGAGUUUGUCUUACAUGAGUUGAGAGAGACGUUCAGAGUGAUGUACCAUUCUUCUGUGCAGUGACCCUCGUCCCCCUCACUCUGCAGGCUAGCCACACUGCUAAACACACAGUGUUGGCACACUUGCUAGCAUCAAACCCCUUUAUAGAUCAAUUGGUUAUCUAUCACUGGAGCACUUCUGCACCGCCAUGGUAUUAGUGUGCUAUUUUACUUUGACCUAUGUAGCAUAGCCUAGUGCUUAGCUGUUGUGCUAAGAGACCCCCAUGAAUUUAUGCACCUUAAGCCCUAAAGUAUGCAAGAUUUUCCCCCCGCUCCUCCAAAAACAAAAAAAGUGCAUUAUUAUAUUAUAUUCCCACCCCCCCCUUUGUCCCUUUGUCCCAAAGCUUUGAUUGUAUUAUCCCAACAGAAGCACUUAAUGUUGUAUUUAAAUAUAAUGAAAUUGAACAAGCCCCUGUACAGUUGAAUUGACAGUCUGUGAGGGGUGUCCCCUGCGCCUAAGUAAAUCAUAAUGACAUGUAGAACUACAUUUAAAGGUAAAGAUCUAUUUGAGAGACGUCAGAAUGUGAACAGAGUGGUUUCAGACAAAGAAGCACUUUGUUUUAAAAAAUGUUAAACCACACUGGACAGUCCUCUACCAGGUGAUAAAGAAAUGAGAAACUCUGAGGCACCUUCUGGAGUUAAGGCCAAAAAGAAAAGAAUAAUGCUAACCCAGCGAAAGAUGGAGAUGGAUGGUGAGAGUUUGGGUGACUGCUGCCAGGCAGAGUUCCCUUCAGACUGGCCUCACACAUUCAAUCAAGAACUUUGCAAUGAAGCUGAAAGGACUCCUGAUUGUCCAUGUCAAGGAUUCCCGGGAAUCAUUUCAGAUUUCUAAAAAGUUAUUUCCAAAGUGUAUUUUAAUAAGGCUAGCCGACUGAGGCGGCCACUGAUAUAAAAGGGGUGUGGCAGCAAAGCCUCAAAGAUCCCUCCACCCUCAGGUGGUGGUUGAGCAACUGUUGUCAUGACAAUAGCCCAACACCAAGAGCUGUUGCCCCGCAGAGCUCUGGUGUGUCACUUUAGACCAGCAGGAAGCACUUCCCUGCCCUGAAGCACCUCAGCCACAGCAGAGGCUUUAUGGGUUGGAUCACAUGUCACACGACAGGGGAGAGGGAGGCCUCAUGGCGGACCUGAGAGUGCCGCUCACAAUCUGAGACUUAUAAGAUACUGAAUUGUUUUAUUAGAGCACUUAUGUUUGUAGAGAAUGAGAUGUGUCCCCCACAGUAGGUUUCAUCUGACAAUGGAAAUACAAAUAUGUACUUCUUACCGAUUACUGGUAGCACAACUGCAAAUGUAAAAGCAGUAGACCGACAAAUAUUGCCUGAGAGAUGCUGGCCAUGAACAUUGUAAUCUCUAUAAACGUACGUAAGAGGUUGAAAUGAGCUCAUUUUAAAAAAAGGCAAGUCAACAAGAAGCACCUUAUUUUCUUACUAUGUUGAUGACUUGUGCUCUAUUGUGUGCCACAAAAUUGACAUGGAUAAAGCUCUUAUGAAAUGCCGUUUUGAAGGACAAAACCCUGACUAUAUAUGUAAGUGUUAAUGUAGUCGCGUCAGACAUCCCCUCUGUUAUGAACUCAACACAUUACAGUGAAACGCUGACAGUUGACCCAGCCAUGAGUGUAGGCGUACGCUCAUCAUCACAGGGCUGGGCCGCGCCGCCGUCUCUUACACCAACACCAAAUGAAAUCAGAGGUUUGGACAUGUUAGCCGUUAUUGGUAGGGAUUAAGCAUGCGAGUGCUUUAGGUGUUUAUAGGUUAAGAGUAGGUAACAGCGUCGGGCUUAACACAUGACCGUAAUACACAGACACCAAGACUAGGCUAGAGAAUAUAGCUCCACUGGCCGAAAUACUAAGUCUAGAAUUACUAGGAGUCAUAUACUUAACUGCUUUCAACUUUUGACAUUAGUACAAAUAUGUGUAUCGCAACAGUACAUUGUUAGAAGAUGGCUUUUCUGCGGCGAGCCAGAGUGUGAUCCGGUUUACGAUGCCCUCUCUCGAUUCGCUCGCCAGAUAACCAUUACACACACACACACACACACACACACACACACACAUACACACACACACGUAUAAAACAAGAGCACAUAGACGCAGACACGCGCACACGACAGACAGGUAUUCAGUUGCAUUUGUUAUCAGCAGCAUUCUCUCUGCUUUUGUGCUGAAGUGAUUUUGUGCAGUUUCAGUUCCCAGUGGAGUGGUCGUCAGUUCAUCAAGAGAUCAUUUGGUAACACAUUCUACUGACUCGAAAACCCCACAUUCACAAGUUUGCAUGGACGGGUUAAAAAAAAAAACAAAAAAAACAACAUGUUAGCGGUGUCGUCGGGUAGGCA